CAGAAGUCUUCGGCUGGACUCCGGAGAACCGCGAACAUCGACCUGACGGAGCGGCCGCGUGUGUGCCCCGAACUCGCGGGUGAAAACCGCGCAGCGGCUGCGGAAGGCGAGGGAAAAGUGAGGAAAACCUUGGAAAGAGAGAGGGUCACCGACUCGUCAGGAUGACGAAGACCGUGUUCGUCCUCCUCGUCGCCUGGGGACUCUUCUGCCUCGCGACCUGUCGACACCACAGGGACAGCAGUUUCCUAAACCACGUGCAACUGGUGCACCAGUUCCGAUGUUCCUUGCCCCAGCCUCGGGCAGUUCCCGUAGGAGAGCUCCUCUCGGUCGGCCCUGCCCCAGAUGAGGUGUUUUAUCCUGCGUACACGGUCCUCGCCCGCUGCGGAGGGUCCGGAUGCUGUCCAGAUUCCAACCAAGUGUGCGCACCUACGGAGACCAGGAACGUCAGCUUGGUAUUCGUCGUUAGACACACGAUAGAUCUCCAGCGAGACCGGCACCACGAGGUGGUGCACGCCCAGGAACACACGAAAUGUGCAUGUACCGAUGAGAGGCUAGCGAGUACUCUGUGAACUUGAAAAUUUCAACUUGUGAAAUUGUCGCGAUUACUACCCUAUUUGUAGAAUUUCUUCCUGGCCUAUCAAGUACAUAAACAAUC